ACAUCCUGACUGGCUGACUGCAGUGGCAGCUACACGCCACUGGGGGGCAGCAAACAUCUCCCAGCACUGAAUAGACACUGUUGUUCCGGGGGGUCAUGAGACCCUGUCUGCUCCUCCUGAACCACGUGAGUCACAUGAACAGGAGAAGAAGAGCAGGCAUCACGGAGGAGAACAACAUGGAGGAGCUGUCCCGCUCCGUCAGGGAGGCUGGCUGCUGGGUCAGGAGGUGCUUCUGUGGAGAGGAAGAGGAGCAUGGAGAAGAGAAAGACAGCAGGAAGGAAGAAGAAGAGGAGGAGGAGGAGGCCUGCUCUGGAAAGAACAGGAGCUGGACCUCCCUGGCUGCUGCUGAGGUGGAUUCUGAGACCGGCUCCUCCUCGGUGUCCCGGUCUCACUGGUUCCACACUCUGCAGACCCGACGGCUCAAGGUUCACCGAGGACGCAGCAACAGCGACCCCCUGAGAGGAGCGCCGGGCCCCAAUCCCUUCACCUGGAAACCGGGCCUGGAGUUUGGAGCAGUGCAGUCGUACCUGAGUCUGGAGAAGCUGGGAGAGGGAGCGUUUGCCUCCGUCUACAAGGGCAUCAGCAGGAUCAACGGGCAGCUGGUGGCUCUGAAGGAGAUCCGGAUGAACACAGAGGAGGUCGUCCCGUUCACCGCCAUCAGAGAAGCAUCCCUGCUCAAACGGCUCAAACACGCCAACAUCGUCCUCCUGCACGACAUCGUCCACACCAGGGAGACGCUGACCUUCGUCUUUGAAUAUGUGCAGACGGACCUGGCCCAGUACAUGACCCAGCAUCCAGGAGGGCUGCACUCCCACAACGUACGGAUCUUCAUGUUCCAGCUGCUGCGCGGUCUCUGCUACAUCCACAGCCGCAGGAUCCUUCACAGAGAUCUGAAACCGCAGAACCUGCUCAUCAGCUACCUGGGGGAACUGAAACUGGCCGACUUUGGUCUUGCCAGGUCCAAGUCCAUUCCCAGUCACUCUUUCUCCUCUGAGGUGGUGACCCUGUGGUACCGCCCCCCCGACGUGCUGCUGGGCUCCACCGAUUACUCCGUGGCUCUGGACAUGUGGGGGGCGGGGUGCAUCCUCAUCGAGAUGCUGCAGGGGGCGCCGGCGUUCCCGGGGGGGCCAGACGAGCUGGAGCAGCUGAAAAAGAUCUUUUCGGUUCUGGGCGUUCCAUCCCAGAUCAGCUGGCCUGAACUCCGCCUGCUGUCCAGCGACAGUCCAGACCAUUUUGUUCCCUGUGAACCCAAACAUUUCAGAACCAUUUGGACCCGGCUGGAGCAGCUGCCGCCAAAAACUGAAGACCUGGCCCAGGAGAUACUGAAGGUGGUACCAGCCGAGCGGAUCUGUGCCCAGGAGGCCCUGCAUCACCCGUACUUCAGCACGCUUCCUCCCGCUGUCAUGCACCUGAGAGACACCGUCUCCAUCUUCAGAGUUCCUGGAGUUUAUCUGGAGACAGAGUUCAGCGAUAUCUUCCACCCCAGAAGAAAGGCCAACUCCUCCAUGCUGACCGCCAACAAAUAUUGGUAAAGAAAGGUCCAGUCAGAGACCGCCAGCAGCGCCUGACAGACAAGCAGAGGGGAGAAAAUAUGACGGACUGCUGCCAUACAUCUGAACUAUGAACCAUAAAGACGGUCCGUCAAUAAAAAAAUGUUUGUUUUGGUUAAAAUAGCACAGGAGGCGGAGCUCCGACCUGUUGGGUUCUAACUGAGGACACUGAGAACCUCCAAUGCUUUCUGUCUCGUGAUUCAAGAACCCAAUUUGGUAGAACCAGAACCAGCAGAUUAAUCCUCACAUCCAUAGACAGUAAUAGCAGUCAAAUGUCCGGUUGAAAGACCGGUGGGGGGGGGUCUACAGGAGGGGGGGUGGAUGCAAAGAUGACGCAAAACCAGCAAACAUCUGCAUACUGCCCUCCCCACGGCAGAUACAGGUGUAAGAUGGACAGACGGACGGACGGACGGACGGACAGAUGGAUGGACAGACGGAUGAAGGGAUGGAUGGAUGGAUGGG